AUGCCAAUCCAAAAUCGCUGGUAAAUCGCCCAGAAACCGCAUUCGAAUCGCAAAUUCCGCCUCGGCAGCCCGCAAAUCGAAGAGCAGAUUAAGAAGCAGCAACGCUACAACGUAUUUAUUUAAUUUUUUUUGACUACGAGAUCGUCUCGUCUGUGUGUGUGAGUGUGUGUGACAGCUCGGUGUCGUCCAGUGACUGUGUCGGCGUCUGUGCGUAAGUGUGCGUGUGUUGGCCAAAAAAAUUAGCACAACAAACAACAAAAGCGACCAAAGUAAAAAAAAAAAGAAGAAAUCAAGGAACGCACCGCCAGUCACGCGGACAAAACGAAGAAUUCAUUUUUGAAGAAGCUAUCGGAGAAGAGUACCCAGAGGAACCAUGUCCGCCGACGUUGAAACGCAGCAGCAGGAGUCCACCAACGGCACUAGCAAAUUCGAUGUGCCCGAAAUCGAGUUGAUCAUAAAGGCCUCUACAAUCGAUGGCCGUCGCAAGGGCGCCUGCCUCUUCUGCCAGGAAUACUUCAUGGACCUGUAUCUGCUGGCUGAACUGAAGACCAUCAGCCUGAAGGUGACGACGGUCGACAUGCAGAAGCCACCGCCCGAUUUCCGCACCAACUUCGAGGCCACACACCCCCCGAUCCUGAUCGACAAUGGAUUGGCCGUCCUGGAGAACGAGAAGAUCGAGCGGCACAUCAUGAAGAACAUACCCGGUGGCUACAAUCUCUUCGUCCAGGACAAGGAGGUGGCCACGCUGAUCGAGAACCUGUACGUCAAGCUGAAGCUGAUGCUGGUGAAGAAGGACGAGGCCAAGAACACCGCCCUGCUGACGCACCUGCGCAAGAUCAACGAUCACCUGGCUGCGCGCAAUACCCGUUUCCUCACCGGCGACACCAUGUGCUGCUUCGACUGUGAGCUGAUGCCACGCCUCCAGCACAUCCGUGUGGCCGGCAAGUACUUUGUGGACUUUGAGAUUCCGACGCACUUGACGGCGCUGUGGCGCUACAUGUACCACAUGUACCAGCUGGACGCCUUCACACAGUCGUGCCCGGCCGACCAGGACAUCAUCAACCACUACAAGCUGCAACAGAGUCUCAAAAUGAAGAAGCACGAGGAGCUGGAGACACCGACGUUUACCACAUCCAUUCCAAUCGAUAUUUCGGAGUAGGUUUCCUCGCCAUGCAGCCCCCCAAUACAAUAUUUUGGAUAACUUUACAAUAUCAAGCCGAAAGUAAUAGAAGAGCAGCCCCACACACGACCACACAACUUCAGCUAGGACUAUACACAUAAAUGUAUACUUAAAGGAUAUAACUACCCAUGCAUAUAUUAUAUAUAUACUACUAUAUAUGAACGAGUACAUAACAAGUGUUCUUUAAGCAGCCGCGUUGCCUUUCCCCAGCUAUGCUUAAUUUAAAUCCUAAUUUUAAAUGAAAAUAUCCACGACCUUGACUCUAAUUUGCCCCGCCUGCCUGUUUUUUUUUUUUUUUAAUUUUUGUUUUUAAAUAAUAUCAACGAACUGAUUUGUAUUUGAGAUACAACUGAGAUGUUCGUCAGGCAAGAAAAAAAUAUCUAAACCCCCUAAAUCAUGUUGGCCGCUUAUCGGCCUCCAGAUUGGACUUCAUUUUUUUUAUUUUUCAUUCGAAAAGGAGCUUUUAUUCUUCGUGUAUCUGUACUGUAUUCCUAUCUUUAUUUUUUUUGCGCAAAAUUAUGAUUUUGGUUUUUUUUUUUAACGCUCCCCGGCGCAAGUUGCCAUUUUGUUCGCUUUUAAU